AUGGCGUCAAUUUCUAUAUCAAAUGGUUUGAAAACUCUGUUCACUGUUCUGGGAGCUCUCAUGCUUGCUCUCCUUCUCUACACACUCAUUACCGACGGUUUCCCCUUCCGCAAAGAACUUCUCACUCCGUGGAUGGCAGCAACUUUGAUUGAUUUCUAUAUCAACGUUGCAAUUUUGAGUACCUGGGUUGUGUACAAGGAAGCAAAUUGGGUUAGCUCAAUUCUAUGGAUAAUUUUACUUAUCUCCCUUGGAAGCAUUGCUACAUCUGCUUAUAUAGUGUUGCAAUUUUUGAAGCUGUCAUCUCAAGAAUCUUCGCAGGACCCUAUGAGCUAUGUUCUUUUACGACAUCCACACAAGAAUAGCACAGAACCAACAGCUAAGUGUUCUGUUGUUGCAACUCUAAGAAUCCUUUUCAGCGUUUUGGGUGUUGUCAUGCUUGGAACCUUGAUAUACACUCUUGUUACUGAUGGUUCUCCUUUCCGUACGGAGCUGUUGACUCCGUGGAUGCAAGCUACACUAGUUGACUUCUACAUCAAUGUUGUGGCCCUAGCAGUCUGGGUUGCUUACAAAGAAUCUAGUUGGGUUUAUGCUGUCUCUUGGGUUAUUCUAUUGAUAUGUUUUGGCAGCAUCACUUCAUGCGUCUACGUUGUAUGGCAGUUGUUCAAGAUAUCUUAUCAGGAUCCUGCUUAUUUUAUUUUAGUGCAUCAUAGUGACAGUGUGGUAUACUGGUAUAACCAUACAAAUCUGAAGUAA